AUGCCGCCACGCGUGGCCGAUGACCAGCAAACCCGGCUAACGGCAACGCCGAUGACGUCGAGUGCGGGAAGCGCGCUGCAAUCUCUGAUGACUGGCAAGGGAGCGAAGAGCUCCGGCGCAGCAGGCACGCUGGGUGCAGCUGGCGAAAGGCCGAAAGCCGAUCAGAAGACCGUCGUCUCCAGCGCGCCAAAGACGGACCAGAAGACGGUGGUCUCCAGUGCGACUCAUCUGAAUUCAACGUCGAAAGCUGGCGCGCUGCUGUCUUCGCUAGUGAAGCCGAGCCCAAAGUCGGCUGCGGCAACUGGCGACACGGAGGCGCAUGCCAAGCCCACGCACAGUGACCGGGCACUGGAGGAAGCUGAGGCCAAAGUCCCUUUGCUGGGCAGCGCAACGCCUGAUCCACAGGCAUCUGCUGGAGUUGUGCAGCCCGCAUCCGGCAAUGAUGGUGCGAAGCUUCCCUCGGUCAUAGGCGCCCUCUGCAUCUUGGUCUUGGUGGCUGCAGUGGCAGCGGUCGUCUUGCUGGUGAAGCCACAAGCACACGCUCAUCCUCAGGGUUUGCGAAGCGCGGCACAGGCGACCACAAAGAAUGGCCGCCCGGUCCAAUCGCGGCACCCGCGAGCGCCUCAUGCGCGGGCGCCGGCCAAGCCGGCGCCGAGCGAGGCGCGGAGUGUGACCAGACCUCCGCAGGCUUCUUCGGCGCGGUGGGCACGGUCAAGGCAGCGCAUUCAGACGACCCAGGCCGCUUCUUCCAGCCAGCGGCGGCGCGGUGUUCAGAUGACCACGCAGGCUCCGAGAGACACGGAAGCCAUGGCGGAGGCGUUGAAGCCGUAUCUCACCGACGUGGGAGAGGCUCAGCAUUCUGGGGCCUUCGACUGCGGCGACACGCAGGGCCUCCGCUUGCAGCGGUGGUCCGCCGAGCACAUCGAGUACUGCUGUGUCAAUGAGGACAUCGGAUGUGGUGUUUUACCGGCGACGAUCGAUUGCCGCAGCCCCAACGCGAUCACCGACUGGAGCCCCUGGAGCGACACCUGCAACGCCUGCGGCGGCGGAGAGCGAAGCCGCGCCCGGAGAUUCAAGCCUGCCUUUGGCAAGUGCGAGAUGAGCCAGCAAAGCAGGACUGUUGGCUUCUUCCAGUCAGAGCCCUGCCAAGAGGUGGACGUGGAGUCCUUCGUGUCUCAGUGGUCCGGCUGGGGGCAGUGCAGUGUGACCUGCGACUAUGGCUUUCGAGAGCGCGUGCGGGAAAUGUCGCCGCUGGCACACAGAUGUCGAUUGGCUUUCCCUCUGCAGGAGACGGAGCCCUGUUCCGCGCCGGAGCCUUGCCGCCCUGCUAGCCGCUACAAAAGCGCGCGGUGGGGAGAUGCCUUCGGGAUGCUCGGAUGCGACCUCGGGGAUCCUCCUCCAAGCUGGAUCCAGGGCGUCAGGUACUUUGCUCCGGGCAAGUUGGUCGUCGAGCUGCCGCUCGACGGUGGCGGAAGCUUGCAGGUCACAUCCCACAAAUCUUCUGAGAGCAACGCGCCGCCUUGGUGCCCGCCUGCUUGCUUUCAGGAGUGGCGAUGCCUGCGAUUCCUCCAGAGCGGAGGCCUGAUUCAAAGUGUCACCAAGGUGGUGGUGUAUCCAGAUCCCGAACAACCCGCCGUGAUGCAAGGUGCGGUAUUGCCCCUGGCGUACACCAAGUCCUUUGCCACGGUGGUCCUGGCCGCAUUAUCCGCGGCCGGCGCGCCGGUGCUGAGAAAGGACCGGCUGCGGAUCUUGUGCAUCGGCCUGGGCGGCGGAUCGGUCCCGACCUUCUACGCAGAAUCGUUGCCUCACUGCCACGUGGAUGUUGUGGAGCUGGAGCCUGCAGUCAUCCAUGCCGCGAAGAAGGGCAUGGGGUUUGCGGAGCGGUCCAACCUCUGCGUGUACGAGGAGGAUGGGGCCACCUUCGCCCAGCGCGUCCUCCGUGAGAAGGCGAAAGAGGCCUUCCCGGGCGGCGUCUACGACGCGGUCCUGGUGGAUGCUUACGACCCGGCAGGCAAUGUGCCUGCAGCACUAUGGAGCAGGGACGAGGGCCUGGCGGAAGCGCUGGCCGACGGCUUGCUGGGCCCCUGCGGCGUGGUGGCCACCAACUUCUUGCCCCACGUGGAUCUGGCAGCUCCCUUGGCAGCCUAUGGCAAUGCCUUGGCCGCCAGACCAGGGCGGGGGUUUUCAAUACAGGUGAAUAAGCCUGUCACAGUGGACAACGACUUGGACAAGUUUUUCGAUUCCGUGGAGGGCACCGGCAACCGCAUUGCCGUCCACAUGUGUGGCCCGCCGGAGCUCAUGAAGGCGCCUUUGGCUCAGUUGGAGCAGGUGCUGGUGGCGGAGGCCAAGAAGGUGGGGUCUCGUCGCUGGACGGCCGGCCGUGGACUCUACAAGUAG